UUUGCCCGGUGACCCGCAGUCAGUCGGCCGGCGGCGCAGCUGUGCGGAGGGGUCGUGUGCUAGCAGGGCAGUCCGCCUCUGCUAAUAACUUCCUCCCGAGGUGGUUGGUGCUCGCCGGGGAUCGGAAUCAAUGGCGAGCUGUUCGAUGAAAUGCUAAGUCAGCUCCGGCCAAGACUCUUGGUUCAACAGGAUGUGGAUGGCGCCUGGGCGGGCCGAGCAGCAUUGAGGUAAACUUUCUUUUCUCCCCUGUUUUCGAAAUUGCCAUUAUCUGGUUUCGUGAAGACCUGCGGCGAGGCUGCUUCCGCGACCUCGAGGGCUUCAGCCUACCCAACGCACUCUGUCCACGGAAUCCGUUGGUGGGCAAUGGCCGUAUCUCCUUGCCCCGGAUGGCACGGUGCGACCAAUGACCAACAUAUUGACCGAUGCCUCCAGUCCACCAAGGUCAUUGUUGGCAUAGACAGGUUGGACACGAUUUCCAAAUAAUACAAAAGAUUACCACAUAACUCUUUAACAUCCACCGGCCCAGCUGUUCACAAUGGCAUAGAUUUUCCAGAGAAGAGUGCGCGCUAAAUAGGCCCCUUCUCCUUGCACCAAAGAGACAUGUUUGCAAGAUGGGGCUGUUCUCCUCUUCUCCUUUCCAAAAAGCAAAGUUAUGCACCAGUAUUGCAGCAUUAACACUCCAGCUUAUAGUGGCAACAUUAGCAGCUCCAAUAGCCUUGCCUGGUUGCCCGGAGGUAUGUGGCAGCAUAGCUGUCCCCUACCCUUUCGGCCUCCGGCAAGGGUGCUUCCGCGCGGGCUUCAACCUCACGUGCGACGAUACGCACCAGCCACCGAAGCUGUUGGUGGGUGAUGGCGCGGAAGUGGUUGAUAUUUCUCUCACGGAUGGUACGGUGCGGAUCCACAGCAAGAUGGUGAGUAUCUGGCUGAACACAAGCUCUAAUCAAUCAGAUGGCAUGUGGUCCGCUGGCCUGACGGAUGAGGCCCCCCUGAGAGUGUCCAUCGGUCACAACCGGUUCGUUGCUAUGGGAUGCAAUGUCUUAGCCAGCCUCUUUGCCUCUUUUGGCGACUAUCUUAGUGUCUGUGCCGUGUAUUGUGCUGACGGACCGGGGGUGAGCGACACCUCAUGUUCUGGUGUUGGCUGCUGCCAGACACCCAUCGCACGGCUAGAUUUCCCGUCCUAUGACCUCCAGUUUGGUGCUUUGAACCGGAGAACCGGUGAUUCGUUGGGAUAUGGAGCGGUGUUCAUAGCUGACCAAGAGUGGUUGACCGGAGAGGGGCCCAUGCUGCAGUUGAAUUACUUUGACAACCCACAUAAGAUUGUUGAUUCCACGUUGAUUCCAACGGUGCUAGAAUGGUCGCUUCAUGUGGGAUAUGAUGGGCAGUUGUACUGGGGAUGGGAUGACUUUGACUUAUAUGAACACAGGGGAUCCAUAAGUGUAAACUGCUUCAUAGUCGCAGAUGGUCUUUAUAUCCAAAAGGCACGGUGCAACUGCUCCAAAGGAUACGAGGGCAACCCUUACAUCGCAAAUGGAUGCCAAGAUAUUGAUGAGUGCCAACGGCCAGAUAUUUAUCCAUGCCAUGGAACCUGCAUCAAUGUGCCGGGGACGUACCGAUGCCUUGCAAAGAAAGGUAUCACGAGCCUCCCAGAUAUUGAUGAGUGCCAACGGCCAGAUAUUUAUCCAUGCCAUGGAACAUGCAUCAAUGUGCCGGGGACGUACCGAUGCCUUGCAAAGAAAGGUAUCACGAGCCUCCCAGGUCUGAUUACUGUAAUUGCAAUUAGUGCUGGUUCUGGCAUACUGUUUGCACUUCUGGGUAUUGCCAAAAUCACCAAUAAACUCAAGCAACGAAGAGCCAAGAAGUUGAGACAAAAGUUCUUCAAGAAAAAUCAUGGAUUGCUUCUGCAACAGCUAAUCUCUUCAAACAAAGACAUAGCAGAAAGAACGAGGAUUUUCAGCUUGGAAGAGCUGGAGCAAGCAACCAACAAAUUUGACCAGAAUCGCAUCCUUGGUGGCGGUGGCCAUGGCACUGUCUACAAAGGCAUCUUAUCUGAUCAACAUGUGGUGGCCAUCAAGAAGGCUAAAAUUGUAGUUCAAAGGGAAAUCGACCAGUUCAUAAAUGAGGUUGUCAUACUUUCACAGACAAACCAUAGGAAUGUGGUGAAUCUUUUUGGUUGCUGCCUCGAGACAGAAGUUCCUCUACUUGUUUACGAGUUUAUAUCAAAUGGAACUCUCUCAUUUCAUCUCCAUGGCCAAAGUGAGAAGCCUUUGUCAUGGAAAGAUAGAUUGAAAAUUGCAUUGGAGACUGCAAGGGCUAUUGCAUAUCUGCACUCUGCUGCUUCCAUAUCAGUAUACCAUAGAGAUAUCAAAUGCGCAAAUAUAUUGCUUACUGAUACUUUAACAGCAAAAGUAUCAGAUUUUGGAGCUUCAAGGUCAAUUGCAAUAGAUGAGACAGGAAUACUUACAGCCGUCCAAGGAACUUAUGGUUACCUUGAUCCUGAAUACUACUAUACCAGUCGACUCACGGAGAAGAGCGAUGUUUACAGCUUUGGUGUUAUCCUAGCAGACCUACUGACGAGGGUGACACCAGUUUUUUCUUCUCAUUCGUCGGAAAGCACAAGCCUUGCAUCACAUUUCGUGUCACUUAUAAGGGACAAUCGAUUCUUAGAUAUUCUAGAUACACAAAUUGUUGAGGAGGGAGGGGCCGAAGAUGCUGAGGUGGUUGCAAGACUCACAGAAGCAUGCUUACGUUUAAAAGGUGAAGAAAGGCCUACAAUGAGACAAGUGGAGACAACACUUGAAGAUGUGCAGAACUUAAAGGUCAAUCUCAGUUCUCAUAUCACAAGAGAGAACCAGAAUGCUAUAAAUGAUCAGUCAUACAAGGGAAGCAAAGGUAGCGAAGGAACUAGGCUGUACAGCUUGGAAAAAGAGUUCAACCAAUCAUCUGAAAUUCCAAGAUGAUUUUGCUUAUAUGGUGAAAUGUUGCAGUUACUAUUAUUAGUUUUGGUGCCAUACUGCAAAUCAAGUGUCAAUUGGGAACUCUGAAUUGUAGCUAUAUACGUAUGCCCUAUGCUAAUGGGUCAUGUAGAACCAUGUGAAAGUAAAUAAAAGUAAUUCAGUUACAGUUUCUAUAGUUAAA